ACAACAGUUCCCACGAUGCUUUGCGGCGGCAACGCUGUGUGUACGAGAGAGAGACAGAAAGAGGAAGGUUUAGGAAUUCGUCUGUAGACUUGAAACUGCGCUGUUGUUAAAAAAAUAAUGGCCUAGCAGGGUUAUGAGCAGCGCUAAGUCACCUCGCUACAGCUCAUACUCCGGAGAAGAAGCAGCAACAGCCGCGACAGCAGCAGCAGCAGCGGCAGCGGCAGCACCCACAACCACAGCAGCAGCCAUUCCCGGCGGCCCCUCCACCCCACCAGCAGAUUCUGGCAGCGGGAGCAGGAUGGAGGCGUCGUUUGCCCCGACUUUCUCAGCCGUGGCGGCUGGAGCUAAAGCAGAAGGAGCCAGCAACUACAAGCAGCACAGACGAACUCCUUCGUCCUCGAGCACUCUGACCUACUCCCCCCGCGAUGACGACGAUGGGAUGCCUCCCAUCGGUACUCCUCGGAGGUCCGACUCGGCCAUCUCGGUCCGCUCGCUCCAUUCAGAGUCCAACAUGUCCCUGCGCUCCACUUUCUCCCUGCACGAAGAAGAGGAGGACACGGAGCCUCAAGUGUUUGCAGAGCAGCCGUCGGUGAAGCUGUGCUGCCAGCUGUGCUGUAACGUCUUCAAGGACCCUGUCAUCACCACAUGUGGGCACACCUUCUGCAGACGAUGUGCCUUAACUUCAGAUAAGUGCCCAGUGGACGCCGCUAAGCUAACGGUCGUGGUGAACAACAUUGCGGUUGCCGAGCAGAUCGGGGAGCUGUUCAUCCACUGUAAAUACGGCUGCAGGGCCACGGCCGGCGUCGCAGGCGCUGCUGCAGCCGCCACGUCCACGGUGGCCGGGAAACCUGGACCGUACGAGGUGGACCCCCUGGGCUGCCCCUUCACCAUCAAACUGUCCGUGCGCAAAGAACAUGAGGCGAGCUGUGACUACAGACCAGUGCGGUGCCCCAACAACCCCUCCUGCCCUCCUCUGCUCACCAUGAACCUGGAGGCUCACCUCAAAGAAUGCGAGCACAUCAAAUGUCCACACUCCAAAUAUGGCUGCACAUUCAUAGGAAACCAGGACACGUAUGAAACGCACCUGGAGGUUUGUAAAUUUGAGGGUCUCAAGGAGUUUCUGCAGCAGACCGACGACAGGUUCCACGAGAUGCAGCUGACUCUGGCCCAGAAGGACCAAGAUAUCGCUUUCCUGCGCUCCAUGUUGGGCAAACUCUCCGAGAAGCUGGAUCAGCUGGAGAAAAACCUGGAGCUUAAAUUCGAUGUGUUGGACGAGAACCAGAGUAAACUCAGCGAGGACCUGAUGGAAUUUCGCAGAGAUGCAUCAAUGCUCAACGACGAGUUGUCUCACAUCAACGCCAGGCUCAACAUGGGAAUCCUGGGCUCGUACGACCCCCAGCAGAUCUUCAAGUGUAAGGGGACGUUCGUAGGUCACCAGGGUCCCGUCUGGUGUCUCUGCGUCUACUCCACGGGAGACCUGCUUUUCUCUGGGUCCUCUGAUAAGACAAUUAAGGUGUGGGACACCUGCACCACCUACAAGUGUCAGAAAACCCUGGAGGGUCACGACGGCAUCGUCCUGGCUCUCUGCAUCCAGGGAAACCGGCUAUACAGCGGCUCUGCCGACUGCACCAUCAUCGUGUGGGACAUCCAGACGCUGCAGAAAGUCAACACCAUCCGAGCCCACGACAACCCUGUGUGCACUCUGGUCUCCUCCCACAACAUGUUGUUCAGCGGCUCCCUCAAGGCCAUUAAGGUGUGGGACAUUGUGGGUACGGAGCUGAAGCUGAAGAAGGAGCUGACUGGUCUGAACCACUGGGUCAGAGCUCUGGUGGCGUCACAGAACCACCUGUACAGCGGCUCGUAUCAGACCAUCAAGAUCUGGGACAUCCGCUCUCUGGAGUGUGUCCACGUCCUCCAGACCAGCGGUGGCAGCGUCUACUCCAUCGCCGUCACCAACCACCACAUCGUCUGUGGCACCUACGAAAACCUCAUCCACGUUUGGGAUAUCGACUCUAAAGAGCAGGUGCGGACCCUGACCGGUCACGUGGGGACGGUUUACGCUCUGGCCGUCAUCUCCACCCCCGACCAGACCAAAGUGUUCAGCGCCUCCUACGACCGCUCGCUCAGGGUGUGGAGCAUGGACAACAUGAUCUGUACUCAGACCCUCCUGAGGCACCAGGGCAGCGUAACGGCGUUAGCCGUCUCCAGGGGGCGCCUCUUCUCCGGAGCCGUGGACAGCACCGUGAAGGUGUGGACCUGCUAAACAAACACUCUGGACUUUCGCCGGAGUCGACCCCGACUUCACAUCCUGUUAACGUUUCCUCCUCCGUACCCGUUUCUCUGAUUGUGACUUACACACUCCUCAGUGGCCUCGUCACCAGUGCAUUGCCAGGGCACGACUGGACUAAAGCUGCCUUACGGUUGCACAACACUGGACUGACUGGAUGCUGCACCCGCGUGACCGGAGCAGGAAGCAGGGAGGACGCUGGAUGUUGUUGUUGUUGUUGUCGUCGUCGUCGUUGUUGUUGUUUUUCGGACCGUCGACGCUCCUGCCUGCUUCCUGCCGACACACCUGCCAUUAAAGAACCGCACAGACGUUGCCUAACGCGUACGAGGGUCGGGGCCGAUGGACCACGGGUGACGCCCAUCACCUCCACGCCCCCGAUGGAGUCACCCAACACGACGGUUGCACCAUGUUGUGUCCAAUGAACCUCGCCUCAACCCUCUUGUUUCGUGAAGGCUGGUUUCACGAUCCUGGAGUCAAUCACAGCUAAUGUCUUGACGCUAACGUUAGCAGCUAAAAACUUGCUGCCUUCAAAUGGAACCUGUGAGCUUUGUCGUCGUUUGCAAUGUGAAGUCCUGUACACAAAAUCAGCUGUAAGUCAUAAGAACGCUGUUGCUAGGCAACCGUUACGUCUAGAUGCUAAUGCGUGAUUUAUACUAGCGCGCAGGGCUACGCGAGGGCCCUGUGAGACUUUAAUACUCGUGCUCUCGUCAGUCGUACUCGCGCUGUAAAAACACCACCCAAACACCACACGGCGCUAGUGUGGAUUAGUUUUUGGUUCCGCUUCCUGCUUCAUGAAAUUUUGCCGAACGCAGGUCAUACAAAUGUCUGUAUCUGCCAACCUCCUCAGUUAAACUUUCCUAUUCUUUAUUGAUCCAAAUGAAUCAAUUUGAAAAUUGCGGAGAUGGAGAAGCAGCAACCAAGCGGACCAGUCACAGCAACUAGUUACAUCUCUGGGCAGGUGCACGUCAGCUAACGCAGGAGCGUAAAUUACGCGUAACAAUUAAGCAAGCUAGCACCCGGGCAACCUAGCGCAGAAAGUUUGAAAGGACAACGAAAGAACGAGGCCAAAAUAUGUGCGUCUGCGUGAAAGCGAUCAGGGGAAAGAUUCACGCUUCCUGACAAAUGCCAUAACUACUUGUUCAGCGUCUGCAACAAACGUCCUGAUUGACUCGGCCGCAUGUGAAAUGAAGCGACUUCACGCUGGAAAAGUUGGGGCUAGCUUAGCUUCCAGGCUACUGUACUUAAUCGUCAACCAUCCACUUCCGGCAUUUUUUCAAACUCAAACUUGUGAACUGUACCAUAAACCUCCACUCACACGGACGUUUCUCGCGAACGCGCUGAACAUUUGAAAGCAGCCUUAAUUGCUAGGACUUAGGCUAAAUAGUGGCCGUCGGCUAAUUCGAGGUGACUUCUUAGACUCCCGCCUUGUGAAACCAGCCUUCACUGAAUUAACUUUUAACCAAGAGGACGACAGAUCUAUAGAGUUUUAUAUCAGUGCCAUGAUGGAUCUGUGUUCAGAGCCACUCAACGGUUGUAUUAUUGUGUAAAAUAACAGACAGUGCCGAGACUGGACACAUGUUCACGAGACGACUCACACUGGCCAGCAUGACCGAGAAAGAGAGAGGAAGAUGUGGAAGAAGAGGAAGAUGAGGAAGAUGGUGUGCGUGCAUGCAUGUGCCUGUUAUCUUGUCUAUGUGCGUUUCAAUGAGUGCCAUAUGUGUGGAUGAAAAGUAAGGAACGGCCGUAAUGAUGUGUCUUUUGUCCCCUUCCUUCCUCCUCAUCUCUGACCGUAAUGAACAUAUUAACACGAGGCCAAACAGCUGACUGUAAUUAACCUUUUAAAAAACUCCCAGAGGGCAAAGGCAGCGGAAGAGCCACCGAGCAAACGUCCUGCUUUUCCCUAAAUCACGUUUCAGGACCCAUAUUGGGUUGAAAAAUAUAUAAAAAAAAUAUAUAAAAAUAAAAAGACAUAUAAGCUUUUAGACACUUUGGCUGAAUUAGAUUUUUACGAGGAGCUUUUCUUUUCAGCACGGAUCUGGCCGCUUACUUACUGUACAGCCUUGUUAAGAAAAGGAAGAGAAAAGGCGUCUUCACAGGUCACAGUUUCUUGAAUACUUGUAAUCAUGUAAACUCGCUUUGAUCAUUGAUCAAUAAAAACUGUUGUACACUUUGA